CAAUCCUGCUCGUGCUUUAGAACACGCGUAGCUAACCGUAGCCGUCCCACUUAGCAAUAUCGCGGAAAAGAACGGCAUCAGCAUAGUUUCAGCCAUGGGCAAAGAUGUGCCUAGCGUCAUCGAAGUUCGCCGGCUGCUCUUUGAAUGCUCAACCGCCAUCUCGGAAGAAUCGCCAUCCCACAAAACGCCUUCGGCGAUUUCGCACGUCGCGCGUCCAGAGGAGGCCAAAGACGUCAACGUGUCCAGCAACCUGGCCAUAGAGGACGUCCUCACAGACCACCGGGACCUUGAGGUAAAGCCGUGGACCAAGGGUGACGAACGCGCGGGCAACAGCUGCGUACGGCGUCGUAGGAGACCGUUCCCGAGGGCUGAGUGCAACCUGCUCGCUGAGAUGCGUGUCAGAGACACCGUGCGUCCGUGCCACAUCAAGCAAGCAUUAUGCACCGUGCAACGAGCCAAGCACCAGACGGUAGCCGCAUCGAGGGACAAUGGACAGCUGCAGAUAUACAGGUCAGAGGAGCCGAUUACACAUGGCGUGGAAGAUGGCGCGAGCAAGAUUCGCCAACUUGUCGAGCGUGUUGGAGCGGCCUCUCCCGAGUACAGCCUCGGCGUCUUGGGCUGCAACCCGCACAUCCACCUGCGUGACACGCUGCCGUGCGUGUUGAAGAAGCCGAACUCCAUCAAGGCUGAGGGCAACAGUGACACCAACGGCGUGGCGACUCCAACCAGCUGCCUUCGGAGGCUACACGCGAGGUCCGAGGAGCCGAUUACACAUGGCGCGGAAGAUGGCGCGAGUAACAUUCGCCAGUUUGUCGAGCGUGGCCGAGCGGCCUCUCCAGAGUACAGCCUCGGCGUCUUGGGCUGCAACCCGCACAUCCACCUGCGUGACACGCUGCCGUGCGUGUUGAAGAAGCCGAACUCCAUCAAGGCUGAGGGCAACAGUGACACCAACGGCGUGGCGACUCCAACCAGCUGCCUUCGGAGGCUACACGCGAGGUUCCUCCCGCCCCGAGCAGACGGCAGUUCGGCGAAGCAUGCGUCUAACAGCGCAUACGAACGCCAGGAUUCGCUGGUCAUUUCCCGCAGCGUCACACUUGCGGCUGCCAUCUUCUCGGCAGCACCCUGUCCCGACUGUUCCUGCAGAAUAACUCGAGGAUCUCAAGGCGGCCUUACUGUGACCUCAGCUAAGUUCGUCUUAAGCUGAAGAGGGGACGGUGCCGUCGCUGCUUCCCACGUGACAGACGACUUUCACGUGGACUCCAUCUGGUGUGCAACGUAUGCUCACUAGGCAUGUGUGGAAGCGGAUUGAGAGCCCCGUUACGUUGAUCUUAUCAGUCUGCUUGGGCAAGGCUGGCCGGGCAAACCCCAGUGAGCGCUGCGAGCUAGUCUCCGUGGUUGCUAUCUCUGUGACGGUCGUACAGCUAAAACGGGGAGGCCACUAGCGACGAAGGCCGGCAUUUUUUUUCUGUGAAUUUUUGGACUCUUGUAAUUUAUUUGUGUGAAUGUAGUAUCGUUAUAUGUGUUUCAAAUACAGUAUAUUGUGGUUGAA